GGGUUCAGAGAACCUGCGGAGGAAAGGACCACCUAUCAUUUCCAGAGAUUUAAAUUUGGAAGGAGAGGAGCAGCUUAUAGUGCCUCCAAGGCAAGGGAUGAUGGCAGCAUAGGGUUGAGGAGAAAAGGGGUCACACUUCAUUAACAAGAAAAUAAGAUCCCAGUCCUGUACAGAAAGAGGGGAGAAAAUACAGCAUCAAUAGCAGCUGAUGGAGGCAUAUGUCUCAGAGGGGACAACCACCACAACAAGGAGGCAGAAUACAGCUCUCAAAACACCACUACCUCCUCACCUACCCUAGUCCCGCCCUCUUGAACUAGCUCCUCCCUGAACGAUCCUCCCCUCCCAGCUCUUGCAAGCACCCAGCUCAUCGCCUGCCUAUCCUGCUUACACACAGACUCACCGAAAAGGAAGCUGCGAGGUGUCCGAUUUGCACACGUGAAGCCUGAGAUCCGGGCGGUGAACGCCAGGAAAGGAAAGGCCAUUGACAUGAAAACCCCCAACUCACAGGAGGCUGAAGGGCAGCAAACCAGGGCUGUUGCAGGAAAGGCCACUGGGUCUGCAAACAUGAUGAAGAAAAAAGCCUCCCAAAAGAAGCAGAGAGGCAGACCUUCCUCCCAGCCCCGCAGGAACAUUGUGGGCUGCAGAAUUUCACAUGGAUGGAAGGAAGGUGAUGAACCCAUCACUCAGUGGAAAGGAACCGUUCUGGAUCAGGUGCCUAUAAAUCCUUCUCUUUAUCUGGUGAAAUAUGAUGGAAUUGACUGUGUCUAUGGACUGGAACUUCGCAGAGAUGAAAGAGUUUUGUCUCUUAAAAUUCUUUCUGACAGGGUGGCAUCAACUCAAGUCAGUGAUGCAAACCUUGCAAAUACCAUAAUUGGUAAAGCUGUGGAACAUAUGUUUGAGGAUGAGCAUGGUUCUAAGGAUGAAUGGAGAGGAAUGGUCUUAGCCCAAGCACCGAUCAUGAAAGCCUGGUUUUACAUUACCUAUGAGAAAGAUCCUGUCUUGUACAUGUACCAACUUCUAGAUGAUUAUAAAGAAGGAGACCUCCGUAUCAUGCCAGAGUCCAGUGAGUCUCCUCUUGCAGAAAGGGAGCCAGGAGGAGUUGUAGAUGGUCUGAUAGGUAAACAUGUGGAAUAUACCAAAGAAGAUGGCUCCAAACGAAUCGGAAUGGUCAUUCACCAAGUGGAAGCCAAACCCUCUGUGUAUUUCAUCAAGUUUGAUGAUGAUUUCCAUAUCUAUGUCUAUGAUUUGGUGAAAAAGUCCUAACUGUCAGGAUGAACUUUGCCACGUUUGUGAAAACAAAUGUGUACUUUGUAGACAUGCAAGAUGAUGUUACUUUUCAGUGUAUUGAAAACUUUAGGGUCCAUGUUGAUUCAACAUCUUUGCCAGCAUAACUAUUGUCUUGUUCUAAGAAAUACAAAUGUAUGUAGUCAUGACAUGCUGUGUGUAAGGAAUUUGUCAUGUUGAAAAGGUUGGGUGUGUUUGGUGGAUGGAACAUGAAAGGAAGGAGCAGCUGUAAAUUCAGGCUGUGAAUAAAUUUCAGCUAGUAUCAUAAUCAGUCAAAUAAACAUGGAAUAGGACUUAGCUGGUUUGGGUUAGGGAGAGGAGAGGAGAAUGAACUAGAGAUGGGCUGUGGGGAAAAGGGAAAGGGAAGGUGGCUGCUUAAGAAAGGAGGUGGGAAGGGACUGGAAAUGGAGAGGCUCCUAAGGGGAGGGAUGACCUAAGAGUGGGAGGCAGCUAACUGGAAGAGGGUGAAGAAUAACAGAGGGAGAGUGAAAUCUUGGGGCUGAGAGGAAAAUGGACAGGAUAAAUUGAGUAAGGAGGGACACAAAGGCGUUUAGAAGAGGUGCAGAGCAAUGGAGAGAAAGACAAAGUUGGCAGAGAUCUGAGGAGAGGCUAGAGGGAUACUCCAGAAGGGAAGGGACACUGAGGAAGGAGGAAUUCUAAGAAGGAAGACUGACAGAGGGAGUGAGAAUAGAGAAAAGGGGGUAUGAGGUGUGGAGCCGAUGAGAGACGGAAAGACCCAAGAAAACCAGGCCCUCUGGCAGUAUCCAAGUUGCCCUCCCUAGCUCUGUGCACAAAGGAUGUGGCAACAAACAAACCACAUGUUUGGAGCCUCCCUAGAGGGGAAUUUUGACAGGACUGUCUCAAGAGUUAAGCAGGAACCAAGUUUAUACUUAAAAGACUUUUAUUAUGUCAGGGACAUCAUGCCUCAUCUGCUGAGCAGAGCCCAGCCCUCAGCUUAAACACACUGCAUGGUGCUCCAUAGCAGGGGUCUGUGGGCAGUUUCCUCAUAUUUUCCAGAGGACCCCGGGGCAGUAAAUCUCAGACCUGAAGUUCUUGGUUCACUUCCCCUACACUGAAUAAAUGGUUUUUUUCAGGAAUGAGUUAGUGGAGUUCUCAGAACAUAAGAGAUGUGACACCUUGCAUUUGGAAAGCAUUUUAUCCAGAAAAAUGGAAACUUGCUUGACCCAGAUACUGCACUCAUCUCACUGUUCUUCAUCCUCCAGGGCUAGGCUUUGCCUCCUUACAGAAGAGAGGCAACAAAGGAUUGAGUUUAAUGUUUCUCUCCAGGUCAUGGGGAUUACUUGACUCUCCAUCUCUCAGCCCCUGCCUGAAACCACAGGUAUCCCGCCCCUGUCCCCCCAGCCUGUGUUUCACCAGGUGGAUGUCUGCUGCCUCCAGAAACCCCAUUCUGGCAAUAUCCCAACAAAACCAGUGCCUACUGACCCUUCACAGGUACCUCCUGACUAGUCUUGCCCACUUCAAGCACACAGGGAACUGUGCUGGAAAUGUGUGCAGUUCUAUUUCCAGGUGAGAUAGGUGGCAUGGGCAGUUGAAUGGGGAGAUGUGACUUUGUAUAACUAAGUCCUUUGACUGUAUCGCGCCACAUAAGUGAUUGGUGGGAAGCGGGUGUGGUAACUCCCAAUAAAUUCCCUUUGAAGUA